AUGGCGACGAACAAGUCAAGUUACUUGUCGACGGUCAAUGAACUCCUCGCUGGCAGCGUCGGCGGUGCGGCGCAGGUCAUCGUGGGCCAACCGCUCGAUACGAUAAAGACGCGAGCACAAAUCGCCCCUAAGGGCAUGUUCAAAGGGCCAAUGGACAUCCUUACCACGACUUUAAGAAAGGAAGGCUUCUUCGCGCUUUACAAAGGUAUGGCGAGCCCGCUCCUUGGGAUAGCAGGCGUCAAUUCGUUACUCUUCGCGUCUUACGGUUUGUCGAAACGAGCGAUUUCCCCCUUCCCGCUAUCGUUGAAGGAGAUAGCCGCGGCUGGCGCUAUGGCUGGUGCUGCCAACGCCAUACUAGCCAGUCCAGUGGAAAUGUUUAAAGUACGGAUGCAAGGACAGUAUGGCGCUGCCUCGGAUAAGAAACUGCGUGAAAUAGUCAGAGAAAUGUGGUCGGAAUGGGGCUUCAGGAAAGGCGUGAUGCGGGGGUAUUGGGUAACAGUUGCGCGAGAGAUUCCAGCGUAUGCAGGCUCUGACAUUGGUUCAAAAGCCUUUGAGUUCUCGAAACGCAAGUUCAGUAAGACCUACGGUUCUGACCUUCCCGUGUGGGCCCUCCUCGCUAGCGGAUCCACCGGCGGCAUAGCUUACUGGCUCUGUUGCUAUCCCCUCGAUGUCGUAAAGUCGCGAGUCCAACUACGAUCGACUCCACCUACGGGGACGCCUGUGGGAUAUAUCACCCAGGAAUUGAAGGCUAUCGUUAGUGAAUCGGGCCUGCGCGGGUUGUUCCGAGGACUGUCUCCUUCCCAAUACCUGGCUAAAAUCACGGGCGUGUAA